AUGAUCCAAGAUACUUGGCUCACUCGAUCUAAAUUGGCGCGCUCUGGUGACCAUCAAAUCCAGCAAAGGCGACCUAAAAUUCUUCCGGCGAUGGACUUAAACAGUGAGACAAGUAUUUUCCGCUUAAUGGAAGAAAUUCAGGAUCAGAGCUCUUGGAUGCUUCUAUUUUCGAGUGCAUACCGAGGUUCUACCCACCAAGGGGUCUCACUACCUUCCUCUGAAGAAAUAGAUUACGCUCUUUCGCUUCAGAGUAGCUUGUUGGCCGCCUUACAGCAGUUGAGAGCCAUUCUAUUACAAAUAGAGCUCUUCUGGGGGUGUGAAGAAUGUUUGUCUUGA